UCUUGUGGUUGUUCACAGCUUUAACAUCAAUAUUUUUACGAAUAACCUUAGCAUGUUGCAGCACUGCGACUCAUUGUCAGUUGGUGGCAGGGAAGAGAGCACUUUAUAUAAAUUUCAAAAUUAGUUAAAUUAAUAUACACUUGCUGGCAUUAUAUCACUAAUUGUCAACUUGAUCUAAAUAGCUUUCAACAUUUACUGAUUACAACAUUUGAAUAUGUUGAAAAGUAUGGAAGAAAAAAUUAAAUUCCAGCUAGGAUUUACAGAAUUCAGAAGGGCGAGAGGUGGUGGAGGCGGCGGCUGUAUAAACGAAGGUGAUGCAUAUGAGACAGAUCGUGGCAAGGUCUUUGUUAAAAGGAACAGCAAGAAAGACGCAAAGCUGAUGUUUGACGGCGAAUUAGAAGGACUGAAGGCAAUUGAAGCAACCGGCACCUUGCGAGUGCCGCAUCCCAUGGCUGUUUUCGACGACCCUAACGCAGGAUGCGCUUUACUCAUGGAGUACCUGGACUUAAAGAAUCUAAGAAAAUAUUCUUCACAGAUGGGAACUGAUCUGGCAAGACUCCACUUAUCAAACCAGAAAAAUAUCCAAAAAGCCGAAAAAGAAGAAUCUAAAGUUGGGGAAAAGCAGGAAGAUUCUCAUCAGCAGGCGAUAGAAAAGUUUGGCUUCGAUACGCCGACAUGUUGCGGUUAUAUUCCAAUGGAUAAUUCUUGGGGAGAAGAUUGGCCACAAUUUUACGCUAGAAAUCGCCUGGAAUACCAAAUUAAGCUAAUUGAAGAGAGCAAUGGAGAUCGCGAAUUGAUGGAACUUUGGUCUGUACUGCAGUUGAAAAUACCAGUAUAUUUUCCAAAGGAACUCAGCAUAGUCCCUUCACUCCUGCACGGAGAUUUAUGGAGUGGUAAUGCUGCUGAAAUAGACUCAACACCUGUUGCAUUCGACCCAGCUGCAUUUUAUGGCCACCACGAGUUUGACUUAGCCAUCGCAGGAAUGUUUGGUGGAUUCAAUAGCCAGUUCUACAACGCCUACCAUGAAAUUAUUCCAAAAGCUAAAGGAUUUCCAAAGAGACACAAACUGUACCUUCUCUUCCAUCAUUUAAACCAUUGGAACCAUUUUGGAAGUGGCUACCGGAGUUCAACUUUAGGAAUUAUGAGAGAGUUGGUCAAUUAAAGAGUGUGAUUUGCAAAUGAGAGCCAUUUCAAGUUUAAGUAGC